AUGGUGAGAGCCAACCUUGUACUCGCGAAAUGGGAAGCAGUGGGUCACUUGCCUAGCUUUGACGAGUACCAAGAUGCUACUUUAGACGAGUUCGGUAUAUAUUUGACCUUGAUAAGCCUUUUUAUGGGUAUGGAUCAUGAUAUCUGCAAAAAGGAAGCUUAUGAGUGGUUGAAAUCUAGAGACAAACUCGUUAGAGCAAUAACUCUAAUAUCACGAGUGGCGAAUGAUAUGUUUGGCUAUCAGGAUGACAUGAGCAGAGGAUAUAUGACGGGCUCGGUCAACUGUUACAAGAAGCAAUAUGGAGUUACGGAAGAAGAAGCCUUUACAAAGCUUAGUGAAAUGAUGGUAGAUGCUUCUAAGAUGUUGAACGAUGAGUUUUUGAAGCCAAUUAAUGUGCCAAACCAGGUUCUCAAGGUAGUCAACGACCUUUCACGUACGAUCUAUGUUUUCUACAACAAGUAUGAUGGACUUACUCGUCCUGCUAAAGUCAAGAACCAUAUCACGUAUAUGUUCGUUGAUAUGAUUUGA